AUGAGAACUCACUCGGGAGAGAAACCUUACACUUGUCAGCAGUGUGGAAAGAGUUUUACACAGAAAAGCACCCUUCAUUUCCACAUGAGCAUUCACACUGGAGAGAAACCUUAUACAUGUGAACAGUGUGGAAAGAGUUUCCCUGCAAAACAAAACCUUAAAGUCCACAUGAGAGUUCACACUGGAGAGAAGCCUUACUCUUGCAAGUAUUGUGGGAAGAGUUUCACACAUCUAUACACCCGUAAUUACCACAUGAGAAUUCACACUGGACCGAAGCUGUUCACAUGUGAUCGUUGUGGAAAGACCCUCACAACAGAAUUUAGCCUUAAGUGUCACAAGAUCAGGCACACUGGAAAGAAACCCUUCCAAUGUGAUCAGUGUGGAAGGCGUUUCAUACGUAAGAUCAUCCAGCCCUGCCACCCACCUGAUCAGCCAGCAACCUGACUAAGCAUUGAAACAGAUGCCCCCCCGGUCCGGGACUACUCCUGAUCCUACGUCACCUGAGCGAAACGGCUGGACGACAACCUGAACUGGCAGACCGACCAUGGUCAAACCCAAGGCUACAGCCACAGAGAGCCAGCCAGGAUUAUCGGUCCUCUUGCGCACAGCCGCAUCAUCCAGUUAAAGCUGAGUAGAAGACGCCUCGCCCACAUGGAGGACCGGAGGACCGAGAGCGUGCGCAGAACUGCCAGACCAGCAAGUAACAGUGGAUGAAGAGGACAAGGAGCUACAGGAGGAAGUGGAAUGCUUCAGGAGGGCGAGAGCCGAGAGCCCACUGUUCACACUUCACCAGCCAGCAACCACAGUCAAGUCAAGUCAAGUCAUCUUUAUUUAUAUAGCGCUUUAAACAAAAAAGAUUGCGUCAAAGCAACUGAACAACAUUAAUUAGGAAAACAGUGUGUCAAUAACG